UUCAGAAUGCAAAAGGGGAAUAUGACAGAAAUAUUUAUUUUGGUUGGUUUUCCUGGAGGCCUUGGACUGCAAAUGUCACUAUUUAUGAUUUUCCUGACUACAUAUGUACUGACAGUAAUGGAGAAUGUGCUGAUCAUUGUACUAAUCAGGGUGAAUGUCAAGCUUCAUAAGCCUAUGUAUCUCUUUUUGGGUAAUCUGUCUUUCCUAGAGAUCUGGUAUGUAUCUGUCACUGUCCCCAAGAUGCUUACUGGUUUUGUGAAAGAAAAAAGGGAAAUCUCUUUCAUUAGUUGCAUGGCUCAGCUGUAUUUUUUCCUGGCACUCGCAUGUACUGAAUGUGUCCUAUUAGCUGUUAUGGCCUAUGACCGCUAUGUUGCCAUCUGCAAUCCACUGCGCUAUCCUGCUAUUAUGAGUCAAAACCUCUGUAUCCAUUUAGCAGCUGGUUCCUGGCUGAGUGGCUUUUCCAUUGCCAUGGGGAAGGUCUUUUUCAUCUCACGCCUAAGCUACUGUGGAUCGAAUGUCAUUAAUCACUUCUUCUGUGAUGUUUCUCCACUUCUCAAUCUGGCCUGCACUGAUAUGUCAUUGGCUGAACUCAUGGACUUUCUGCUGGCCUUAUUUAUUCUCCUCGUUCCACUCUUUGUAACAACUGCCUCCUACUUCUGCAUCAUUUCUACAGUGUUGCGCAUCCCUUCAGCCAGAGGGAAGCAAAAGGCCUUUUCCACAUGUGCCUCACAUCUCUUGGUUGUGACUAUUUUCUAUGCUGCCUCCCUUUUCAUCUAUGCACGACCAAGGGCUCUCUCCACCUGUGAAUCCAACAAGUUGGUGUCUGUUGUCUAUACAGUCCUAACACCACUUCUCAAUCCAAUCAUCUACUGCUUGAGGAAUCAGGAAUUCAAGGAUGCCCUCAGUAAAACAAUACAGCGAGCUUCUUCAAGAAGCAUGUAA